AUGUCGACAGAGGACGAGGUCUACGCGUUCGUUAAGGGAUCUAGCGACGCGAAAGGCCUCCUAUCGGGGAUAAAGCUAGCGGAGGACAGCGGCAACGUGGUGCUGAGAAACGACGCGGAAGUUGCUUCUGCGAAGGAUCUGGUCGGAUUCGAUGUGGAUGGAUUCUUCAGUGCUCUGUCGACUGACGGACUUGGACGGACGUUGCUGGCCAGCAAACGACUUUCGUCAACUCACACCCUUGUAUCAAAGAGCUUCGAAACCCUCCCCAUAGGCACCGUCUGCAUCUCUCGCAUUCAGUACAGCGGACGAGGGAGGGGAGGCAACACGUGGGAGAGUCCCGAGGGCUGCCUUAUGUUCUCGCUCUCUCUCCGCUGGGUGGACGGGCGCACGCUGCCUCUGCUGCAGUAUGUGCUGUCGCUGGCAGUGGUGCAAGCUAUUGAAGACAUGGCCAAGGAGAGAGGGACCUCCCUCCCCCAGGUAGCCCUCAAGUGGCCCAACGACAUAUUUCUGGGCGGGCUGAAGGUGGGCGGCGUGCUCUGCACGUCAUCCUACCGCAACAGGGCAUUUGACGUCACUGUGGGCAUAGGUCUGAACGUGGACAACACCCAUCCCACCACGUGCAUCAACGCUGCUCUGCAAGCUGCCCGCCCCUCUGCCCCGCCUGUCUCCCACGAGGCUCUGCUGGCCGCUCUGCUCAACCGCCUGCAUUCGCUGCUCACCGUCUUUGAACAGCAAGGCUUCAAGCCUCUGGAAGCGGAUUAUCUGCAACGCUGGCUGCACAGUGGCCAGCACGUGGUGUUGGAAGAGCCUAAAGAGGGAGGAGGCACCACCCAGGUCUCCUUGACCAUUCAGGGUCUCACUACGGGUGGUUACCUCCUCGCGACUGACCCUUCAGGGGUACAAUACGAGCUUUCCCCAGAUGGUAACAGGGUUGAAGAUGUGUAUCUAUUAAUUUCCUCCCUUUCCUUCGAUUUGUUGCCUUCGUUUCAAAUCGCAACCCUCCUUCCCUCCUUUCAAUCCUUCCCCUCCCCCUCCUUCCCCUCCUUCCCCUCCUUCCCCCCCUUCCCCUCCUUCCCCCCCUUCCCCUCCUUCCCCUCCUCCCCCCCUUCCCCUCCUUUGCUAAGUACAUGCCUACUGCGCCUGGCCCAUGGCAUCUCCCUCCGUGACCCCCGCCCGCACGCACAAUGCGCAUGA